AGAACUAAAGAGCGAAAGAAGAUGAACGUAGUUCACGGUUUGAAGAGGAUUCCUCGCAUCAAAUUUCCACAGCGACAUGUUAAUCCUUCAGCUUCAGAAGGAAAGACUCAGGUGGCAAAUGCUUCAGAAGGAAAGACUCAGGUGGCAAAUGAAGCAGAUACAUUAUUCUUCUCCAAUUUGAACAUCCAAAAGACUAUAGGCGGGAAGGCGUCAUCGCAGCCAAAGCGUACGCCAGUUUCUAACGAAGAAAUGGAAGCCAUUUUGUUGGGAGGCUGCCUCUGAUCAUUUCAACAUGAUCUGUUGACAAGAAAUGGUGGACCUCUUCUCAUCUUUACCAGUUACACAAUAUACUCGAUAGUCAAGAAACUGAUAUGGUUGAUGUUUACAACAACCAAUGAUACAAUAAAACAACUCCCUUGCA